AUGCCGAACAAGAAAUCCAAGCCCAGUGCCUCCAAGGGCAAGGGUCCUGCUCAACCCCCUGGUCAGGCAAAGGCGACCGCAUCGGCGCCCUCUCCAGCUGUCCAAGAACCGGCCCCCUACAUCCCUCUGACCCUCCCGAAGCCGGACGCCAACGACGACUUUUGGAUCAAGAACGCACGUGCGAAAGCUUUGAUCUUGUCAACCUUGGUGCCGGGGAGCGAAGCAUGGAAGGUUGCCGAACCGGUCGAGAUCGCGUCAGACAUCUGGAGGGCAUUGGAGGACCACUUCACCACGAAGCGUCCCAAUGUCCGGGCAAAACAAGGAGGUUCUGGGGAAGCGAGUGGCAACAGCGCAGUUGUUGGUGCCGAUGCCAGCGCAAGCAAGAGUGGUGUGGACCUCGUCAAUGGCAAAGCCUCAUCGUCUACGAGCUCCAGCUCAGGCCCCAUUGCUAAGAAGCCGCUGGAAAACAUGGACAAGCCGUCAAUACCGCAACAGGACGGUACCGCAGCCUCUGGGCCUUCAACACAGGCUCCUUCGCAUGCAGAGCACACCCGCAACCCCGCAGACUUGGCCAACAAGCUCGAGAAAGGGAAGAAGAGCUCAGCAGUGAUCAAGGCGCAGCUCGAGGAGACGGUCCUGGCCCAGAAUCGAUCAGAUGUCCAAGGUCCAGCCCAACCCCAGGUUCAACCAGAGCUUCCGUCUCAAUCGCAAUCGCAAAACCAAGCCCAUGCUGCAGCCAAACCUCAGCCGCAACAAGCCCAAACUCAAGCUCCAGCUCCAGCUCCAGCCCAAGCUGAAGGCCAGACGCAACCCGCGGCGCCCGCCCAGCCGUCCCCGCCCGAACAAGGCAUCCCACGCCUCUCGACGCUCACACCCCCCGGACGCUGGACCGCGCAACCGGUCAAACACGACAGCUACCUCAGCGAGCACCAAGCGCUGGUGUUUGCGCAGGACGACCCGGACCGCAAGAAACAGAUCCAGGUCGCCGCCACGAAGGUGCUCAUGCAGAAACUCCCCACGCGGGACAUGCGGCUCCUGUGGGCCGUGCUCUAUGGGGGCGAGGACGCCCCCUGGCCCGGGUCGUGCUCGGCCGUCAUCCCCGGCGUGACGACUCUGCGGUGGCAGAACAAAAGCUACGAGAUGGACUACGAGACGCUGGGGUGGAGUUGGAACAAUAGUAACAAUAGCAAAGGGGACGACAAGGGCUGA